GCGAGGACGACUGCUGGUGGGCGGGGCGGGGCCGGCCCCCGAGGAGCCAGAGCCAGAAAGCAGGUGUCUGUCGCGCGGGGCGAGACUUAGCUGGAGUGACGGCCUCCGUGAGACCUUGGGACGCGAACGAUGGGUCUCAUCUCAGAGCUGAAGCUUGCUGUUCCCUGGGGCCACAUUGCGGCCAAAGCCUGGGGCUCCCAUCAAGCCGCCCCCGUUCUCUGCCUUCACGGCUGGCUGAACAAUGCCAACUCCUUUGACAGACUCAUCCCUCUUCUCCCGAAGGACUUUCAUUAUGUUGCCAUGGACUUCGGGGGUCACGGGCUCUCAUCCCACUACAGCCAAGGUUUCCCAUAUUACCAUCAAAACUUUGUGAGUGAGGUCCGGAGAGUUGCAGCAGGGUGUUUCCUGAGUGGAGCAUCCCAGGACACAGGGACUGCGAGGCUGAGGCCCACCCUGACCUGGCUCCAUGCGUUUUCAGCCCUGAAAUGGAACCGGUUUUCCCUCCUGGGCCACAGUUUUGGUGGCACUGUGGGUGGAAUGGUGAGUAGAUGGCUUUGCAGUGACCGCCUCUGGCCUCUCCUCCCGUUUUCCUGUAUCUUCCCUGAGAUGGUGGACAAACUCAUCUUGCUGGACGCCUUACCAGUUGUCCUGGACACGAAUGAGAUGGACAACUUGCUGACCUACAAGCGGAGGGCCAUAGAGCACGUGCUGCAGGUGGAGGCCUCCAGGAAGCCUGCGCAGGUGGUCAGCCCGGAAGAGAUGCUGCAGUGGUUCCUGAAAAACAACAGCCACGUGGGCGAGGCGUGUGGGAAGCAUCUCCUGCAGAGAGGAACCACACAGGCGGCCACGGGUGUGUGGCUGAACAGAGAUCGGAGGAUCACUUUGCCAGAGCACUGCUUCGACAUCGUCGGCAAGGAGCUGUUUGUGCAGUAUAUCAAAAAUCUGCAGGCCCGCAUCCUGUUCGUCAAGGCAACCGAAGGAUAUUAUGCCGUGCGGAGAGAGAAUGACGCCGACAGGGAGUCCAUAAUGUUCGGGACCAGCUCACUUAAGUCUGUCCUGAAAGAGAGGUUCCAGUACGUGGAAGUCCCGGGCAAUCACUACGUCCACAUGAACCAACCCCAGCUUGUGGCUGAUGUCAUCAGCUCCUUUUUACAGAGCAAGGAGAGGAGCCCUGUCCCCCUGUAGCCCGGGGCCUGGGGCCACAGCCACCUGCUUCAGCACCGGACUCCCAGCUCCCGAGCCCAGGCCACCAUGCUGGGGACCGGCCCUGGUCCCGAAGACCAGCACGGCCAGAGCGAGUGCUAUGGCAGAGCUGGGGGUGGGGGCGCGGAGGGGUGUAAGAUUCUGACUUCAAUAUCUGUGACUUUCGGAGGCAGGGAGAGGGGACGGUGUCUGUUUUGUGACUGGGCAGCGGGUGUGUAUGUGGCCUGGGAUAGGCCCAGCUGGCUUUUGUAGUCCUUUCUUGCCACCCAGCUGGAUGAAAAAUAAAAACGUUCUUGUAUUCUC